UUGUUUGGUUGCCUAACAGGGGAGCUUCUUCGUUGGCGUACUUUUUUUUUUUUUAAUUUUAUUUUAUAAUUCCUUGGUUUUUCAGUUAUUGGAGCUUUUUUUAUUGCUGUACUUGUGUUUAAUAAUUGUCUGAUUAUUGAUUUAUUUUCCAGAGUUAGAAGAAUUAGUAUUUCUUUUUCUUGAGAUAAAUUCAGCUGCUCUGGAACUCAUUCUCUCUAGGUUCUGAUAUUGAAUUUUAUCAGGUACACACAAACUACUACAAUUCCCAGUGUUGGGUAGUAGAAGAAGUUUGCGAGUUCUGACGUUCUAUUCGUUACUGGGAUGUCUAAGUCAACAGCUUGGAAGUAUGGAAUAUUUGUUGUUGCAUGGUUGUGUUGGGCUUCUCUAUCUUUCGGAGCUCAGGGCGCCAUUACCAGCCCAGUGGAAGGCAACUUCUGAAAAUGGGAUUGUCAGGAAGUCUAUCACCAGAGCUUGGCAAAUUAUUGUACCUACAAAUACUGGAUUUUAUGUGGAACAGCAUAAGUGGGAGUAUACCCAAGGAGAUAGGCAAUAUCACCACCUUGGAACUCUUGCUUCUGAAUGGAAACAAAUUAACAGGUCCAUUACCUGAAGAGCUUGGUUAUCUUCCAAACUUGGACAGAAUACAAAUUGAUCAGAACAACAUAUCAGGACCAGUACCAGUAUCAUUUGCAAAUUUGAACAAAACGAAGAAUUUUCACAUGAACAACAAUUCAAUUAGUGGGCAAGUUACCCCGGAGCUAUCCAGAUUACCAAGCCUUGUUCACUUCCUUCUGGAUAAUAAUAACUUAUCAGGGUAUCUUCCACCAGAGUUCUCCGAACUGCCACAGUUACUGAUACUUCAACUUGAUAACAAUCACUUUGAUGGGACUACAAUUCCAGCUUCGUAUAGCAGAAUGUCCAAAUUGCUGAAGUUGAGCCUUAGGAAUUGCAACUUGCAAGGGGAGAUUCCUGAUUUGAGCCAAAUACCGUACCUUGGUUAUCUAGAUCUCAGUUUAAAUCUGCUAAAUGGAACCAUACCUACCGAGAGCAUUUCUAAGACUAUCACGUCCAUCUAUUUAUCCAACAACAGUCUUACUGGAACAAUUCCUGACAGCUUUUCGUAUCUUCCUCGUCUCCAGAUACUGUCAAUUGCGAACAAUUCAUUGAACGGCUCUGUUCCAUCCACCAUUUGGCAAAAUAGGACUUUGAAUGGAAACGAAAGCCUUACAGUGGAGUUGCAGAAUAAUAAGCUUACAAAUAUUACAGGCGAUACUAAUCUACCUCCACAUGUCACUGUCUGGCUUCAAGGGAAUCCAAUUUGCUCGAACACCAACCUAGCCAGUUUCUGUGGAUCUGAAAGUGAUGCUGAAAAUACAAAUCAGGGUCCAACGAAUAACACUUUAUAUUGUCGACUAUGUCCACCCCCUUAUGAACAUUCCCCUGUAUCUCCUGGACUUUGUUUCUGUGCUGCCCCUCUACUUGUUGGAUAUCGGUUGAAAAGUCCUGGAUUCUCAGAUUUUCGUCCUUACAGAUCAAUGUUUGAGGAUUACCUGACAUCUGGUCUUGCUCUACUCCUUAAUCAGCUGUACAUUGAUAGUUUUAAAUGGGAAGAAGGCCCUCGACUGAAAAUGUACUUGAAGCUUUUUCCAGUAAAUAAAAAUCGAAACGACAAUGGUUUUAUCUUCGAUGCGAGUGAGGUUCGGCGAAUUAUGAACAUGUUCAGAUCAUGGACGAUUCCUGGUAGUGACAUCUUUGGACCUUAUGAACUUCUGAACUUCACUCUCCUGGACAUUUAUUUUCAGAUAAUUAGUAUUUUUCUUUUUCUUUUUUAUAACCCAAAUAAUUCUUAAAAAUUCCCGUCUCAUGUAUGAUAUCUCCACGCUGUAUCAAGUCAUAUUAGAUGAUUAAAUUCCAGAAUGAUUGUAUUGGAUACUAAAUAUUAGUGGAUUGUUCAAGAACUCCAAUGGUAAAACUUAGCGUUGGGACUAAAUAUUAUUUUGUUAAAUGUA